AGUACAAAAAACACGUCACUAACUAUUUCUAUUACCCUUCUUUCGAUCUCCCGCCACCUGCAACAGACCAUCAUUUCUUCUGAUUUUCUUGAAUUCCAAGUUCAAUUUUGCUUGAUCAAUUGCAGUUUCUGCAUUUUUUAUCUGUCAAUUUAAAAAGUUGAAGAUAUGGAUCAAAAUUCAGAAAUGCAGUACAAAUCAAUAAAACCUCGAGAUGUUUGCAUUGUUGCUGUUGCACGCACUCCAAUGGGUGGGCUUCUUGGUUCUUUAUCAACUCUAUCUGCCACCAAGCUUGGGUCUAUAGCUAUCGAGUGUGCUCUUAGAAGGGCAAGACUGGAUCCAUCAUUUGUACAAGAAGUGUUCUUUGGGAACGUUCUUAGUGCCAAUUUGGGACAGGCUCCUGCUAGACAGGCUGCUUUAGGCGCAGGAAUUCCUAACUCAGUCGUCUGCACAACCAUUAACAAAGUAUGCUCUUCAGGAAUGAAAGCCACCAUGCUUGCUGCUCAAAGUAUCCAAUUGGGUGCUAAUGAUGUUGUCGUGGCUGGGGGGAUGGAGAGUAUGUCUAAUGCGCCUAAGUACCUAGCCUUAGCCAGAACUGGAUCAAGGCUUGGACAUGACACCAUAAUCGAUGGAAUGCUGAAAGAUGGACUUUGGGAUGUUUACAACGAUUUUGGAAUGGGAAUCUGUGCGGAAAUGUGUGCUGAUAACUAUCAAUUUUCAAGAGAAGAACAGGAUUCAUAUGCUAUAAGGAGCUACGAGCGUGGUAUUGCUGCAAAGAACAGUGGCGCAUUUUCUUGGGAAAUAGCCCCGGUGAAGAUUUCUGGAAAUAGAGGAAAGCAAUCCACGAUUAUCGACAGGGAUGAUGGUCUUGAGAAGUUUGAUCCUUCCAAACUUAAGAAGCUUCCUCCUAGCUUUAAAAAGAACGGAGGCUCUGUCACUGCUGGGAAUGCGUCUCUUAUAAGUGACGGUGCUGCUGCAAUAGUAUUGGUCAGUGGAGAAACAGCCAAAAAGCUUGGACUCCAAGUGAUUGCAAAGAUCAAAGGUUUUGCUGAUGCAGCUCAGGCCCCUGAAUUGUUUACUACUGCUCCAGCUCUUGCAAUCCCAAAAGCUAUUUCAAAUGCUAGUUUGGAGCCUUCUCAAAUUGACUUCUAUGAGAUCAAUGAAGCUUUCGCUGUCGUUGCCCUUGCUAAUCAGAAACUUUUGGGGCUUGAUCCAGAAAAAGUCAAUGUGCAUGGUGGAGCUGUUUCUCUGGGACAUCCUUUAGGUUGCAGUGGAGCUCGAGUUUUGGUCACAUUGCUUGGUGUUCUAAGGCAGAAAAGAGCAAGAUACGGUGUUGCUGGCAUCUGCAAUGGAGGAGGAGGAGCCUCUGCUCUUGUCUUAGAGUUCAUAUCAAUGCCCAGUGCCAGUCGUUCAAGACUUUGAAACACUUUUAACUGGAGAAGAAUCUUCCUUUGGAAAUCCCUGGUUCAAGACUUUUAAAUUCUUACUGGAGAAAUGGAUAACCUUCAACUGAAGAGACAAAUGUAGGCAUACAAUUUUAAGAGUAACUGGAUCUCCUUGUGAUUUAUGUAAUCAUAUAAUUAAGCGGAGAUGAUUAGGUGAUUUACUCUAGGCAUGUAAUUGUAUGCUUGUGCUGGUCAAUGCAUGCACUGUGAGAACGAUUUGAGCCUCCAAUGUGGACUAAUGUAUUGUUCAAGAUAUGUAAGAGUAAAGUAUAUAAAGUUGGCAGGAAGGGUUUUAAGUUUA